AUGUGCUUACCGGCUGCCGCCAUCCUUGACAUGAAGAAUAAAAGCCAUGGGGUGCUUGGCGAGUUCAAUUCUGGUGCUACGGAAGUGCUUUCUUAUGUUUUGCAAAAUCACCAUAUUUUGCAAUGCUCCGGCGCAUCAACUGCUACAACCUUUGAAGACAAGACGGUAUUUCCAAAUUUUUGGCGAACAAUUCCAUCAGAUGAUAAGACUGGAACGGCUAUAGUCAAUUAUGCUGCUGCCAUGAAUUGGAAGAAGAUCGCCAUCAUUGCGUCGGACACCGUCUAUGGUCAGUCAAUGGCCGACGCAGCUGUCCGUCGUGCUGCUCAAUUAAAUGUGGAGGUACUCUCCCGCUUGGGUUUCACUGUCGGUGGUCAGACUUUGGAUUUCUCGGUCAUUACGGCUACCAAUGCUCGAAUCAUUGUAUUUUGCGGAAUGUAUGACGAGUUCAGCAGUUUAUAUCGCCAUGCAUACGAGGCUGGUCUAGUCGGGAAGGACUAUGUUUGGAUUGGAGGAGAAAAUAUGAGAAGUAUUGUAGAAUACAUGAGAAGUCAGGUCCCGAAUAACAGCCAUUUGUUGCGUGGAUUUGUGAUGAGUACCCCACGCGAUUUCUCAGGAACAAAAGGAGAUGAUUUCCUGAAAAACUUUACCGCUACGUACGGCAGCGAGCCAGCCCAGUACUCAGGGUUCUACGUCGAUUGUUUACUCGGACUGAUACAUUCUUACCACAACAUGCUCCAAAAUUAUACAAUCAGCGAAAUAGCUGCUCAAACAUUUCCAGCACUUACGCUUCAGACAUUCCUACAGAAAAACCUCGUAGGUGUCACUGGAGAUAUCCUUCUGGAUGAUAAUUAUGAGCGUGUCAAUGCAUACAAUGUUUUCAACUGGAACGGAGAAAGUUUUGCCCCGGUUGCGGUAUCCGACGAAUAUUCCGUUGUUACGCAUCUCUCGACAAAGCCUAUCUUCUUUGACGGUACCACCACAGUACCACGGGACAGUCCACUUUUGGUCCCGGUGUUCAUCGACAUGAGUUCACCGUUAACUAUAGUAGCGUUUCUGCUCUACAGCAUCAUGCUCGCAGUGGUGGUUGUUUCCUUGGCAUUGGUUGUUAUUUUCAGGCACGAGAAGACUCUCAAGGCUGUCUCGUCUCUGUUUUGUUUCUUCAUUUUGCUGGGACUCGGGCUGGUACUCCUUGGAGUUUUUGUGGACGCUGCUCGGCCGACGGCUUUGGCAUGCACAACGUAUGCCUGGCUGCUUAUUAUUGGUAUUAGUAUGGUCUUGGUCAAUUUGUUGGUUAAACUUUGGCGGAUCUAUUGGAUAUUCGACAACCGAGUGCUCCACAGCAACGCGAUGCCCGAUGUGGUUCUUCUUAGGGCCAGUGGGACCUUGCUUUUAUUUCCAGUGCUGCUCCUCUGCAUAUGGUCCGGUCUCUCGCCACGACAAUCUCGUCGAGUGGAGAACACAUCGGCGGGGACGUACACUGAUGUUUGCUCGUCUCCUAAUACAGCGGUACAGAAUGGAGUUACUAUUGCAUUGGAGGUCUACGCUGGGCUCUUGAUGUUGUGUUUGACUUUCUUGGCAAUCAAAACCCGACAAGUUUGGUCAGAGUUUAAUGAGAGCAAAUUCAUUGGAUUGACUGUUUACAACAUUCUUGUCUGCUGCGGCAUCAUUAUCGCUACCCUCAGCUUGUCGGACCAGAAUCCGUUAACUGAAUUCCGAAUCCGAACGUUCGUGAUAUUAUUAGCUGUCACAGUUACGUACGCAUGCUGCAUCGGUCGACAUCUUCUCCGCGUCCUCCUGUUGCGGGCAAGGGUGGAAUUGACGGCAAGCAAAAGUGUCAAACAGCUACAAUUGCAUGGCAAACUCUCUGUCACUCGUUCAGACGAGAAGAGGUCCUUGUUCAAUCACCAGCCAGCGACGAUUCUGCAAGGAACAUAUCCCGUAAAGAAUUACAGUUCCCUUGCUUCUGUAUGGAGGAAGCACACCAUGACCGCGACUAGUGCACCGGGCCGUAUUUUAACUCUGGUUGACUGCUCUGCCGCUGAUUCCACGUUUGUCGGCACCAGCAUAAUGCUCGACAAAGCGUUCUGCGACAUACGGAUAGUUCCAAAAGAAUUGUUAGACAUUCGUGGGCUGGAGAAUAUUCUAGAGAUCAAAUAUUGCAAGCAGACCUUAUGGGUUCAAAUGGAUAGUGCUGAGAAAGCGGAAGAGUGGGAGACCUUCUUGGCGGCAGAAGCUAAUAUUUCGUCGCCCAGAUGUUUGUCCCCGAUCCAAGCGAAUUCCGGGAGGCAAUUGGCCUCCGGCAAGGGGAGUGGAGGAGUUUAA